CACCGCAAGGCUCCCGUGCAUGGGCGAGCAAAAAGAGAGAAAAAUCGCAAUAGAGACACACGAGUUCCAAUUUGUCAUCGCCAAUCUGUUUCUACUUACUUUCUCCACAUCUUUCUUUCAUUUUAUGGGCUUUUAGUUGUGGGUUUUGAAGGGUUUGACGAAACCCUUUCUUCAUCCUACGAAAUUGCAGAGCUUGAACAAGGGCAAGGAAGAUCAAAGAGACUCAACCCUGGAUGUGAAAUGGGGUCUGCUCAAAAUGGGAAAUUGGGCAAUGAAACAGGAAAGAGUGAAGUGAAAGAAGAAGAAGAAGAGGAAGAACCCAUAUUAAUGGCACAAAACCAGAGGUUUUGCAUGUUUCCAGUCAGGUAUCGGCAGCUCUGGGAGAUGUACAAGAAGGCCGAAGCCAGUUUUUGGACUGCUGAGGAGGUUGAUCUCUCCCGAGACAUGCAGCAUUGGGAGAACUUGUCCAACUCUGAGAAACACUUUAUCAGCCACGUGCUUGCAUUCUUUGCUGCAUCUGAUGGGAUUGUUUUGGAAAACUUAGCAGCAAGAUUCCUAAAAGAUGUUCAAAUUCCAGAGGCUCGGGCAUUUUAUGGAUUUCAAAUUGCUAUGGAGAAUAUCCAUUCUGAGAUGUACAGCUUACUCUUGGAGACAUAUAUUAAAGAUUCUAAAGAGAAGCAUAGGCUGUUUAAUGCAAUUGAAAACAUCCCUUGUGUGGCUGUGAAAGCUAAGUGGGCCAUAGAUUGGAUCCAUAGUUCUGAUAUAUUUGCCGAGAGACUCGUUGCUUUCGCAUGUGUGGAGGGAAUAUUUUUCUCAGGAAGCUUCUGCGCCAUAUUUUGGCUGAAAAAGCGGGGAUUGAUGCCGGGACUAACCUUCUCAAAUGAACUAAUUUCCAGAGAUGAGGGCCUUCACUGUGACUUUGCUUGCCUUCUCUACAGUCUGUUGCAAAAACAACUACCCUGCGAAAGAGUUCAUCAUAUUGUCAAUGAGGCAGUAGAAAUAGAGAGAGAAUUUGUUUGUGAGGCCCUCCCAUGUGCAUUAAUCGGCAUGAACUCGACUCUCAUGAGUCAAUAUAUACAGUUUGUAGCGGACCGCCUUUUGGUUUCUUUAGGAUACAACAUGAAGUACAAUGUCGAAAACCCUUUCGACUGGAUGGAAUUUAUUUCUUUACAAGGAAAGGCAAACUUCUUUGAAAGAAGGGUGGGUGACUACCAAAAGGCAUCUGUGAUGUCAGGUCUCAAGGAUGCUAGCAAGAACUUUGUGUUCAAGAUUGAUGAGGACUUCUAGUGAUCGAUCAAACCGUUUGUUUCGGUGAAGCCGAAACUUUUCCGUCCCGCUUUUGACGUGGUUCCUUUUGGUAUGAACUUGUCUGUUGUCUAUAUUAUUUGCAGGCAAUUGGUAGUGGAACCGCGAUGUUGAAAGAACUGUACAGAAAAACUUCCCCCAAAAUUAGAAAAUCAUGUCUGUAAUCUGUAUGUAGUUGUAUUUUGGAAUUCUCGAUAUGCUCGGUAGAUGGUCACCAUGGCUUGAAGCUAUGACUUUAAAGAUAUCUGAAUUUACGACGUUUCUCUUGGACCAUCCAGCCAACUGUAUCUGCCAACUGGUGUACAGUAUAUCCACAUCGAUCCUUAUUAUCUUCUUGUUGAGGGUGUAAGUGGGUCAAUUUGACUCGGUUUUUUUACGUGUAUGGGGCUUAAUCCCAUUGCGUUUUCUUUUACGUAAUAAAAAUGACUAGCCUAUGUUAUUUUAAUGAA